UGUAUUGACACUUGACACUGUCAGAGCCUUCGUCGUGAAAACCAAAGUGAAACCUUAACAAAUUCGUUCUGAACAAUUUUUUACAUUCGCAUAGUAAUACAUAUUAAAAUGAUAUAAAGUUCAAUACAUAAAUUAUACAAGUACAAGGUUAGUUAUCAACAAUGGAAGAUGUCAAGGACGUGUACAUUUCCCCGCUACCGGAAUCUAUAUACGUAAAACCAUUUAGAUUAAAUUACACUCAAAAUGGCAAGGAAAAAAAUUGGGACCUAUUGGAGGUCCACGAUAGCGUCGCUAUCAUAGUUUUUAACAUAACUAGGAAGGUUAUGAUCUUCGUUAAGCAGUUCCGACCAGCAAUAUAUUAUAACAGCAUCCAUCCAGAUGAUCGACAAUCGAAAGUAAUAGAUACAAAAAAGUACCCAGCAUCAUUAGGCAUAGCACUAGAGAUGUGUGCAGGAAUCAUAGACAAAAAUAAAUCGGUUGAACAGAUAGCCAAGGAGGAAGUGCUUGAGGAAUGUGGUUAUGAUGUGCCUUUAGAUAAAUUACAAAGAAUUAUCUCUUAUAGAUCUGGUGUAGGAGUUCAGGGUUCCUUACAAACAUUCUUCUAUUGUGAGGUUACUGAUGACAUGAAGACAGAGCAAGGUGGUGGAGUGGAUGAUGAGAUAAUUGAAGUGAUCGAGAAGACUAUACCAGAAAUAGAAGAGAUGGUGACAUCUCCUGGGCCAAUAUCCAGCCCUCCGAGCUGUUUGUUUGCACUCAUGUGGUUCUUGCAUUAUAAAGCUCCGAGUUUCACUAAGUAAAUGCAUUCAUUGAGUGGAUUUUAUGAAUUAGACACUUGGUUUUUGGUACGAUUGAAUUGAAGUAUGUUGUACGAACUUGAUUCAUUAAAUGAUCAGAUUAUAGUAUCUUUAUAGAACCUUACCAAAUGGGGAAUUCAUUUCCUUCAUUUUUCUUAGUUUUGUGUUACUAGUACAUUAUUACAAACAAAAGCUCAAUAUUGCCAGGCAACUAUUUAAUGGUAAAGAGUAUGCAUGAAUUGGUGAAAACUAAUAUAAAUAUUAAAGUACUUAUUAGCAAGCAGCAAAAACACUCGUAUAAAUUUUAACUAUUGGCAAAUAAUCUUUGAGACUAAAAUAUUGCACAUUACACUAUAGUACUCUCAUAAAGCCUUUUUAUAUAUUAUUUUAGCUUUUGAUUGAUUGUUAAUAAUGAUUCAUACAUUUACUCUUUGUUUAUGAGACGGUAUUUAAGACAUAAUAAGUUUUUAAUUGGGUCAGUUUUAUUAAACUUUUGAUUAAUGCAAAUUAAUAAUAACUAUGGGGGCGUCUACUAUUUACGUGAUGUGCUUGUUUUGAAAUUUUUUGUCAUGUAGUAAGAUUAAGUAUCAUAUUUUACUUACGUGACCUGCCCCUCCCCCCCACUCCCGAAAGUGGGAUUAAGUGAAAUUCAACUUACGUAAUAAUAGAAGCCCCCAUAGUUAUUAUUAAUUUGCAUUAAAAUAAUGUUUUUUUUAUGUAGUACAAUUUUAGUUUAUUGUUGACCAUUAUUUCAUUUUCUUUAGCAAGAAUCAAAUCAUAAUUUUUAUUUCAUCACGAAAUUAAAUAUUUUAAGAUUUAUGUAUGUAAUAUAAUUGUAUGCUCAUUUGAUGAUGAUGAUGACGUUUUAAUUAAUCUAUUCCAGUUUAUAGUUUAAAUGUUAAGACAUAUAUUAUGCUCAUAUAAUAAAUUUAAAUAUUAUCGUAUUUUGGGCAUCAUAAUAUUUCUUUGUAUAAAUCAUUUUUUAAUCACUAAAGUUUUAAUAAGGAAAUUCUUUACCACACAGGAGUUUUGGACUAUUUUGCUCAGAGUGCAAAAUGAAGUAGUUGGAGAGCUUCUAAUAUUUUGAUGAAUUAAACAUAAACUUUUUGUGUACUAUUAAAAUUAUUUAAAUGUGGUGUCGAUUUUAUGUUGUAUAGUGAAGGAGAAUGUUAUUUUACAUGAAGCAUGAAACUGUGAUGAAAUUAAAUAAAAGGGAUUGUAAUGGA